GCUCCAGCCCGCACUCCCUUCCCGCUGUCCCAGGCCUUCGCAUGUACCCUCCAGCCGCCACCAGCGAGACUCCUUUGGAAUCCCCGGGGCUGCCUGGGUCCGCCCAGCUGGGAGCUCCUUGAGCUAGGAGGCGGGGCGGGGGACCUUGUGUCCUGCAGCCUGAAAUAAGGGUGGGGAGCUGCUAGAGCUGGAAGGCGAGGGGCAAAGUUAGAGCUGUGAGACAAUCCGAUCUGCAACUCGCCCCACCGCAGGCAGGGCAGCCUGCCUCGGGAACGCUCUGGCACGCUGCCGAGCGGGACUCCCUUGCAGCAGGGCUUGGAGCCGAAGUCCCUAGGGUAGCAACUAGAGAGGCAGGCUUGGAGUCUCCAUUGGUGAAAUGACCCCCUAACGGUACAGCCAACCUCAGGCAUUCAAAAAUCAGUUGGAGCAGCCCAAGAAAUCACUCCUGGCAUCUGGGGCCUCCAGAGCCCUCAUUCUUCUCUCUUUCAGCUGCACUGAAAUCUGCAAAAAUUCUUUGCUGCAAGAAAACCAGGGUUAUGUCAUCAGAAGAUGAUGUUGGUGGGGAGGCUCCUGGGGGCAGUUUUUGGGAGGCUGGUAACUACAGGCGGACAGUGAAGCGUGUAGAUGAUGGGCACCGUCUCUGUAACGACCUCAUCUCCUGCUUCCAGGAGCGAGCCAAGAUUGAGAAGAACUAUGCCCAGCAGCUGACAGACUGGUCCCGCAAAUGGAGGACUGCUGUGGAGAAGGGCCCUCAGUAUGGCACACUAGAGAAGACUUGGCACGCCUUUCUGACAGCCGCAGACAAGCUGAGUGAGAUUCAUCUAGAGGUGCGGAACCAUCUUGCUGGUGAAGAUGCAGACAAGAUCAAGGUCUGGCAGAAGGAGGCCUACCAUAAGCAGAUGAUUGGUGGGUUCAAGGAGACUAAAGAAGCAGAGGAUGGAUUCCGUAAGGCCCAGAAACCCUGGGUGAAGAAGCUGAAAGAUGUGGAGACCUCUAAGAAGAACUAUCACACAGCCCGGAAGGAUGAGAAGACUGCACAGACACGUGAGAACCAUGCCAAGGCAGAUUCCUCCAUCUCACAGGAGCAGCUGCACAAGCUGCAGGAGCGUGUGGAGAAAUCUGCACAAGAGGCUGAGAAGUGUAAGGAUCAGUAUGAGAAGAUGCUGGAGGAGCUAAACCGCUACAAUCCCCGCUACAUGGAGGACAUGGAACAGGUGUUUGAGGGCUGCCAGGAGGCAGAGUGCAAGCGACUGUGCUUCUUCAAGGAGAUGUUCCUGGAUCUACACCAACACCUCAACAUCUCCACUAAUGAAAGUUUCCAUGCACUGUACCGGGAUCUGUACCAGGGAAUUGUGGCUGCAGAUGACCAGGAGGACCUGAAAUGGUGGCGCAACACACAUGGGCCAGGCAUGGCCAUGAAUUGGCCACAGUUUGAGGAAUGGACCCUGGAAACCCAGCGGCCAAUCAGCAAGAAGGCGAAAAGCAGUAAAAGUGCUGAAGAUGUGAUGCUGACCAGCAUCGUGCCCACACGAGAUGGUGUCUCUCAGACCCCUUCACAGACCCGGCGAGGAGGUGGGAAAGAGGAUAUGUCAGAGUGGUCCGAUGACGACACUCCCAAGAAGUGCUUGGAUGCCAAUGGGCAUGAGGAGGACAUAAAAGUACCAGGUGUACAGGUGCGAGCGCUGUAUGAUUACACAGGACAGGAGGCUGAUGAACUGAGCUUUAAAGCAGGUGAAGAGCUAAUGAAGAUCAGUGAAGAGGAUGAGCAGGGCUGGUGCAAAGGCCGGCUUCGCACUGGCCAGGUUGGACUCUAUCCUGCUAACUAUGUCAAGAGGGUGGGAUCAUGAUUGCUACUUUCAUCCUGAGGGGGGUGUGUGUGUGUGUGUCUCACAUGUAUAUCAGCAUCUCCUGCAGAGGUCACCAGGUCACUGCUGGGCCCCUAACCCACAUCAACAGCAUAUGUAGCAAUUUCUGGACUCUCUGGGGACACUUUCUUGUAAUCAAUGCUUCAUUUUAAAAUUCUAGAGCUGUAGGGAUUUUCUAAUAAACAAAACUUGAGUAAA